CCGAAGUGGUGGAGCUGGAAAGGGUAAGAGCAAAAACCCUAAUUAUCAUCUCCGAGAUUUCUGCAGGAACCAAUCGAGCAUCGAUGGGGAUUCUGUCGUGGUUCAGGGGAAGCCCGAAGCCGGCGCAGACCGAAACUUCGAAGCCCGAGAAGCAGCAGCAGCAGACGGCAAAGCCGGAGACUCCGGCUCCGGGGAUGAACGGAGCCAUCGAAGUGCCUCGACCGGAGAGCGUGACGGUGUUCGAGUUCGGCUCCGUAGCGGCCACAGGAGACAGAGUGACUCUCGCCGGGUACUGUCCUGUCUCCGACGAGCUCGAACCAUGCCUGUGGGAGAUUCUCCCGGCGGAGGGAAAGGACGCGCCCCAGUUUCGAGUGGUGUUCUGAGAGUUUCAGAAACCGCACCUUUUGUAAAAUUCUGUGAACUCUGUUUUUCAUUCGUGAAGAUUAGAUGGGUAAAUUUGUACUCCUGGGCAGAGACAAAAUUUGUUGAGAGUACGUUGAAUAUGGCGGUUUCUUGAAUGA